ACUGUCACUUUGGUUUGUUAGCAGUUUGUUUGACCUGCUUCAGUGAACAAGAAAUGGAAUCAGCAACCAACAAAAAGGUCUGCUACUAUUAUGACGGUGACAUUGGAAAUUAUUAUUACGGUCAGGGACAUCCCAUGAAACCGCAUCGCAUAAGGAUGACUCACAAUCUUCUUCUUAACUAUGGUUUAUAUAGAAAAAUGGAAGUUUAUAGGCCAUCUAAAGCAUACAGCGAAGAUAUGACAAGAUUUCACAGCGAUGAAUAUGUCAAAUUUUUGAAGAAUGUAAGACCAGACAAUAUGCAUGAAUUCAAUAAACAAAUGCAACGUUUCAAUGUUGGCGAAGAUUGUCCUGUCUUUGAUGGACUUUUCGAAUUUUGCCAGUUAUCGGCUGGUGGUUCUAUUGCUGCAGCCGUCAAACUGAAUAAACAGCAAACUGACAUCGCCAUUAACUGGGGUGGCGGCCUCCAUCAUGCAAAGAAAUCUGAGGCAUCAGGAUUCUGCUACAUCAAUGACAUUGUAAUAGGGAUUUUAGAACUUCUGAAAUAUCACCAAAGAGUUCUUUAUGUGGAUAUUGAUAUUCAUCAUGGUGAUGGUGUUGAAGAAGCUUUCUAUACUACUGAUAGAGUGAUGACCGUUAGUUUCCACAAGUACGGCGAGUAUUUUCCCGGAACUGGUGAUCUAAAAGAUAUUGGUGCAGGUCGCGGUAAAUAUUACGCUGUCAAUUGUCCACUGAGAGACGGGAUGGAUGAUGAUUGCUACGAGCGUAUUUUUAAGCCUGUCGUAACGAAAGUUAUGGAAACUUUUCGACCCGGAGCCGUUGUCUUACAGUGUGGUGCUGACUCAUUAUGUGGUGAUCGACUUGGAUGUUUCAAUCUUAGUCUGAAAGGCCAUGGAAAAUGCGUCGAAUUUAUCCGCUCAUUUCCUUUACCUCUUCUUCUUGUAGGAGGUGGUGGUUAUACAAUCCGAAAUGUUGCUAGAUGCUGGACUAAUGAAACAUCCAUUGCCCUUGCAACUGAGAUCCCCAAUGAUUUACCCUACAAUGAUUAUUAUGAGUAUUUCGGCCCUGACUUCAAGCUGCAUAUAAGUCCGAGCAACAUGGCUAAUCAGAAUACUAAUGAAUAUCUUGAGCAUAUAAAGACGAAACUGUUUGAAAAUCUACGAAUGAUACCUCACUGUCCCAGUGUUCAAAUGCAAGAUAUUCCGGAUGACAUUGUUGAUUUUGACGAAAAUGAUGCUGUUGCAAAAGAUUUAGCCGACCCUGACAAAAGAAUUUCAAUUAUGGCUGCUGAUAAAGCCAUCAUGCCCAAUAACGAGUUUUUCGACGAUCCAGAAGAAGGUUCUGGGCUUGGAGGCACCACUCUUCGAUCAGGCAAAUCAGCUUCACGAGAUGUUCAAAAUCACCGAGACCAACCAAAACGCGCACGCACAGAUGAAGAUGCCAGUUCAUCCACCACGAAACCAAACAGUAAAGAAGGAAGUGGGUCUAAAAAGACAGAUUCUACUGGUGACAAGGUAAAAUCAAUUUUUCAUCACUGAGUCCUAUGAUUACUUAUGAUAUUUAAAUCAGCUAUGCCCCCUAUCGUAGACCACUUUUUUAGUUAACUGCCACCAUCGUACUAUUGAAAUGUGUCAAUUAAUUCCUUUUUUAGACAUGUAGCUUGCUAGUAUGUGUUGAAUCUCGUUUUUACCAGUGUUUAGAACUAAACAAUGAAUACGGUUGAUACUAAUAAAUGUACUGAUCCCCAUAUGUUGCAUGCUUCUGUACCUUUCAAGAUGUUUGGGUAGUGUAGUGUAGUUCAAUAUUCCUAUACCCAUUUUGAAUUGUUGUUUAUGCUCGUUUUAUACUGUUCUCGAUGUGUUAUUUCUAGCACAAAAGUAGAAAGUAAUUUGUUUCAGCAAGUUCGUAUCUCUUAUUUGCCCGAAAACCACCUAAAGCUUAAUCAUAUUGUAAAUAAUAGUGAUUCUCGUCACUGUCUUGUUUGUAUGUGGUGAUAAAGACUUAUAUUUCCUUUUGGUUAUGGAUAUUCAUUUGAUUGUCUGAAUUGCGUGCGAAGGUUGCCGAAAGUCAAUUAUUAAUCUAAUCCCUCAAAUAAGCUUACGCUUGAAAACAAUACGACUUGCCUAUUAGUAAAAUUAAUCUUUCCGAUAAAAUUGAAAACUUGUAUUUAUGCACAAUUAUUAGUCAUUUAAAUCAUAAACGAUCGUAGGAUACGAGUUUUUAGGUUACAUCUAUCAUUAAAAUUGGGAUUUGAUUAUCUGGCUUGAAUCUCGCUCGUUUCAACAUUUUAUCAGUCACUUAAUAAUAAUUCCUUGUUUUAGCGUUCGGAGUCCAAAAACGAUUUUGUAGAAAAAAUGGAAGUUGAUUUAUCCAAAAAAGCCAACGGUCUAAUAGAACCGGAGCGAGCUGCUAAUUAACUGGGUUUCUGUCACUGUUUUUUUUUCUUAAUAAUUUUUGUAAAUGUCUUUGUCCCUGUCUCCUUUUAUACAAAUAAUCUCCCGUGAUUCACAUGAAUGUCAUGUUUAUGAUAUCCUGUGUUCAUUGUUUGUUUGACAUCUAACUAUAUGUAUUGUCUCUUCUUAUUUUCCGAAAUUGCCUGUCAUAUUGUACGCAUUUAUUCGACUUACUGUUAAAGUGUACAGCUCUUGCAAACGUAUAUCAUUUGCUAUUCUAAUGUCCAGUGAAUUCAAUUUUGCUUAUGUGUUUUAUGAAAAAGGUAGGUAAUAAAAAGCUACAGAAUUCAAAUGACCACUUUUCUGUAAUUCCAAAAUAUAUCGACCAGCUGGUGGCAGGGUAAAAAAUCAGUUUACGAACAAGUCAAUCAUUUUGUAUAUUUUUUGUUUAGAAAAUAUAAGUACGUAAAUAAAUAGCAAUAUUCCACUGAGUCUCUUCGAAGUGCUCUUCUGGUCGGCGAAAGUUAAGCUAUAUUAGUAAGAGUUCCACUGAAAUAAGAAAGAUUAGUUUGGUGUGUACGAAAGCUUAUUGUCUAAUCGAACUUACAGUUCCACUCAUUAACAAUAGGUUUAGUCGCAUAAUCUUAUAAAAGCAUAUCACCUGCAAGAGGUGGAAGCAUCAAAUGUCGAUUGGCUGGAUACCGGAUUUAAUGCACCGCUCAAUUAAGUACCCAUGUUGCAGAAAUGGAUUCAUAUGACUCAGAACCUGACAGUAACACGUUGAUUUCUCCAGAAAUUUAUCCACAUUUCUGACUGCACAGAUGGCUAUCAGUUAUCAUUUUCAAAACUCCCUUCUAGCCAUAUUAUCCGUCAGUGUUCUGAGACACUUUUUUAUAUGUAUCUGUGUGAAAUGUCAUAAAAGAAGUGCCAACAAAAUAUAGAGUGCUUAAAACAAUAAUCGGGGUACUGUAUAUAUUCAUGGUGUCUCGUAAAUGUAUGUAGAGUACAGAAGAAUAUACAUGCCUCUUAUGCAAAUACCUCGUUAUAGUAGUUUCAUGUUAUCAGUUUCCAAGAUGAAAGGAGUGCAGUAAUAAUGUGUUGUGGUACAACUAGUCGUGGAUUUUAAAAUGACUUGUACUUUACUAUCUGGAAAGUAUUGGUUAUUUACAAAGCUGUAUUCCGUACAGUUUUUCCAUUUCUGGGAAAACGUGGAUUAUAUUGACGUUGAAAAUUCUCAAGUGAGUUUAUGGGACGCUCACUAUGGGAACAUGUAACAGAAAUUAAUAUGGGGGAAUAACUAUUACUGCUUACUUUGAAAAAUAUGAAGAGUAUCUGUGGAGCUUGAUCCAUCGCGGUAACGAAGUUCCGAUUUUCCUACUUGACUUUGAUCUAUGCAAUUUUUUGGAGUAAAUGGUUAUGUUCAAACAUAUGCUUCCAGGUUUUCAAUGGUGGUCUAGCUUAGAUCGACUCAUGGAUUCAACCAUUAAGAUUACUACAAUCUCCUCAAUCCUGAUAAUAAGUAGAAUGUGGUGCAACAAAAGUGAUAAGUAUAUAAUGUAGGAGAAGUAUCCAGUUUUCGUCUGUUUGGUGGUAACGUAGUCUUACAACUAGUUUGAUAUGUAUGUUUUAGAACGAAUCUCUAAUUCUUAUGCCUCACUACAAGUUUGGAGUGUAUUUUUCACAUGAGUUAUGGACCAAUCCCAUGCUUACGAAUCUGUUAUCAGAAUGUUGGAUGAGACCUCACAAUCAUCUUUCUUAAACUCGACUGACGGCAUUUAUUAAGAAGGCUACUGAAUGGUGUCUUAAAUAAUAAGUCUCAACAGGUACAUGACAAUGGUAUUUUCGAUAUAUAGCCAAGCAAUAUACUAAUUUACGAGCGGAAAAUGAAAUGAAAGCAAUUACUGAGUAGAAACGAGAGCUUACGAUUAGAAAAAUGCAAAGGUUACGUACGACAGCUAUUUGAUAAAUUCUUGUCAAAAAUAUAGCUACUUCGCAAAAGAAGGACUGCUCGAUUUUCGUGGAUUCUGCUUCUUUCUAGGAGCGUUCAACCAAGUCAGUCAGCUACAACGUAGGACCAGGCACAUAUAUGCAUCGGUCCAAGUUGCCAUACCUCGUUAGCACAACAAGAUGAACACCGGGUUCAUAGAAGUAAUUAAUUUAGUGGUGGUAAUAUAUAAAGAAAGGUUGUAUAUAAGGAUAUAGUAUAGGAAGGAAAAAAGUUAUGAAGCAAUUUUAAUCUCAAGGUUUAAGGGAAGAUAAAGAGUGUAUACACCUACGCCAUUGUGAUCGAUUCUGAGCCAUGUCAACCAGAGUCUUCAAACACUGGUUACGAUAGUCACGCGGACCCCAACCAAGUAGUCUGCAUCUACUAACAUGGGUCACACCAGAAGCUAGUGACUUCAAGCACUGAUGGCACGUUUUGGUUUGACCACCCCUAACUAUCUUCCAACCAUCCCCUACACUGGUCAACAUUGCGCGUCGUGGUAAUCGAUGUUCAGGCAUACGUAACACGUGGCCCAACCAUCUCAGUCGAUGAAGAUUCAUCACCUGCGUCUAACCUCACUGUACUGUACUGUUUUUCCAUUUCUGGGAAAACGUGGAUUAUAUUGACGUUGAAAAUUCUCAAGUGAGUUUAUGGGACGCUCACUAUGGGAACAUGUAACAGAAAUUAAUAUGGGGGAAUAACUAUUACUGCUUACUUUGAAAAAUAUGAAGAGUAUCUGUGGAGCUUGAUCCAUCGCGGUAACGAAGUUCCGAUUUUCCUACUUGACUUUGAUCUAUGCAAUUUUUUGGAGUAAAUGGUUAUGUUCAAACAUAUGCUUCCAGGUUUUCAAUGGUGGUCUAGCUUAGAUCGACUCAUGGAUUCAACCAUUAAGAUUACUACAAUCUCCUCAAUCCUGAUAAUAAGUAGAAUGUGGUGCAACAAAAGUGAUAAGUAUAUAAUGUAGGAGAAGUAUCCAGUUUUCGUCUGUUUGGUGGUAACGUAGUCUUACAACUAGUUUGAUAUGUAUGUUUUAGAACGAAUCUCUAAUUCUUAUGCCUCACUACAAGUUUGGAGUGUAUUUUUCACAUGAGUUAUGGACCAAUCCCAUGCUUACGAAUCUGUUAUCAGAAUGUUGGAUGAGACCUCACAAUCAUCUUUCUUAAACUCGACUGACGGCAUUUAUUAAGAAGGCUACUGAAUGGUGUCUUAAAUAAUAAGUCUCAACAGGUACAUGACAAUGGUAUUUUCGAUAUAUAGCCAAGCAAUAUACUAAUUUACGAGCGGAAAAUGAAAUGAAAGCAAUUACUGAGUAGAAACGAGAGCUUACGAUUAGAAAAAUGCAAAGGUUACGUACGACAGCUAUUUGAUAAAUUCUUGUCAAAAAUAUAGCUACUUCGCAAAAGAAGGACUGCUCGAUUUUCGUGGAUUCUGCUUCUUUCUAGGAGCGUUCAACCAAGUCAGUCAGCUACAACGUAGGACCAGGCACAUAUAUGCAUCGGUCCAAGUUGCCAUACCUCGUUAGCACAACAAGAUGAACACCGGGUUCAUAGAAGUAAUUAAUUUAGUGGUGGUAAUAUAUAAAGAAAGGUUGUAUAUAAGGAUAUAGUAUAGGAAGGAAAAAAGUUAUGAAGCAAUUUUAAUCUCAAGGUUUAAGGGAAGAUAAAGAGUGUAUACACCUACGCCAUUGUGAUCGAUUCUGAGCCAUGUCAACCAGAGUCUUCAAACACUGGUUACGAUAGUCACGCGGACCCCAACCAAGUAGUCUGCAUCUACUAACAUGGGUCACACCAGAAGCUAGUGACUUCAAGCACUGAUGGCACGUUUUGGUUUGACCACCCCUAACUAUCUUCCAACCAUCCCCUACACUGGUCAACAUUGCGCGUCGUGGUAAUCGAUGUUCAGGCAUACGUAACACGUGGCCCAACCAUCUCAGUCGAUGAAGAUUCAUCACCUGCGUCUAACCUCACUGUACUGUACUGUUUUUCCAUUUCUGGGAAAACGUGGAUUAUAUUGACGUUGAAAAUUCUCAAGUGAGUUUAUGGGACGCUCACUAUGGGAACAUGUAACAGAAAUUAAUAUGGGGGAAUAACUAUUACUGCUUACUUUGAAAAAUAUGAAGAGUAUCUGUGGAGCUUGAUCCAUCGCGGUAACGAAGUUCCGAUUUUCCUACUUGACUUUGAUCUAUGCAAUUUUUUGGAGUAAAUGGUUAUGUUCAAACAUAUGCUUCCAGGUUUUCAAUGGUGGUCUAGCUUAGAUCGACUCAUGGAUUCAACCAUUAAGAUUACUACAAUCUCCUCAAUCCUGAUAAUAAGUAGAAUGUGGUGCAACAAAAGUGAUAAGUAUAUAAUGUAGGAGAAGUAUCCAGUUUUCGUCUGUUUGGUGGUAACGUAGUCUUACAACUAGUUUGAUAUGUAUGUUUUAGAACGAAUCUCUAAUUCUUAUGCCUCACUACAAGUUUGGAGUGUAUUUUUCACAUGAGUUAUGGACCAAUCCCAUGCUUACGAAUCUGUUAUCAGAAUGUUGGAUGAGACCUCACAAUCAUCUUUCUUAAACUCGACUGACGGCAUUUAUUAAGAAGGCUACUGAAUGGUGUCUUAAAUAAUAAGUCUCAACAGGUACAUGACAAUGGUAUUUUCGAUAUAUAGCCAAGCAAUAUACUAAUUUACGAGCGGAAAAUGAAAUGAAAGCAAUUACUGAGUAGAAACGAGAGCUUACGAUUAGAAAAAUGCAAAGGUUACGUACGACAGCUAUUUGAUAAAUUCUUGUCAAAAAUAUAGCUACUUCGCAAAAGAAGGACUGCUCGAUUUUCGUGGAUUCUGCUUCUUUCUAGGAGCGUUCAACCAAGUCAGUCAGCUACAACGUAGGACCAGGCACAUAUAUGCAUCGGUCCAAGUUGCCAUACCUCGUUAGCACAACAAGAUGAACACCGGGUUCAUAGAAGUAAUUAAUUUAGUGGUGGUAAUAUAUAAAGAAAGGUUGUAUAUAAAGAUAUAGUAUAGGAAGGAAAAAAGUUAUGAAGCAAUUUUAAUCUCAAGGUUUAAGGGAAGAUAAAGAGUGUAUACACCUACGCCAUUGUGAUCGAUUCUGAGCCAUGUCAACCAGAGUCUUCAAACACUGGUUACGAUAGUCACGCGGACCCCAACCAAGUAGUCUGCAUCUACUAACAUGGGUCACACCAGAAGCUAGUGACUUCAAGCACUGAUGGCACGUUUUGGUUUGACCACCCCUAACUAUCUUCCAACCAUCCCCUACACUGGUCAACAUUGCGCGUCGUGGUAAUCGAUGUUCAGGCAUACGUAACACGUGGCCCAACCAUCUCAGUCGAUGAAGAUUCAUCACCUGCGUCUAACCUCACUGUUACUUACCCGGUUAUCCCAGCAGAUGCGAGCAAUUUUUCUAAGACAUCUGUGGUCAAAUACUAGCAACUUGCGAGUAUCUUCUACCCUUAAUGGCCAUGUUUCGCAGCCGUAAAGUAGAACAGAACGGACUGCUGCGCAGUGUACUCGUCCUUUAAUUGAUAGACGGAUAUCUCGUCUUCGCCAUAGGUGACGUAAGUUGGCAAAAGCCAAACGAGCUUUUUGAAUCUGUGCACAGACUUCGUCAGACACCAACCCAUUAGGACUGAUCAGACUUCCAAGAUAAGUGAAGUUGUCAACGCGUUCGACUACUUCACUCCCUAUCCUUAGUUCAGGUGUUGACGCAGGCCAGUCCUGGAGUAACAAUUUACAUUUGGAUAGGGGGAAACGCAUCCCAAAUAUCCUGGCAUUAUUACUCAGUUCUAACAGAAGACUCUGCAUUUUGUCAGCAUCUUCACCAAACAGGACUAUGCAUUCAAUCACAGAUGCCUCUGAAGGAUCGCCCGUUUAUUUCUGGACCAUCAAGAAAACAAUGUCGGGGUUACGCACAGAGUACUAAGUUAAGGUGGCAAGCUAGUUGAUGUGUUAGUGAAUGUUCACCAACUGAGGUGGUUUGUAUGUAUGCUUAGCCACCGCCUUCGUUACUUAGUGUAAGAAGAGGCUGAAAGAAAACCAGAGGCGACCAAGCCAAAAUGUGAUACCAGUCCGUGUAGUCAUUGACAAUUGAGUUGAACCACGUCAUAAUGUGCUGACUGUCUGGAUGAUGUCCACAUGACCAUCGUAACCAGUGGUUGGAGACUAGCGGUAAAUAAAUCCCCGAAAUCAAUAGCUCUGUAAGUGUUC